AAUAUGUAUCUGUUUUGCUCUUAAGCAGACAGGAAUAAGCCAUUCUUCUUGCUCCUAGGGCUUUCAAUCCAACACCGUGCCUUAAACAUGGAAACUGUAGAAAUGACCAGUGUAUCCUUGAAACGUCCUCAUUCCGAGGAUGGUGUGGCCAACGCAGACGAAACUAAAAGACAGAAGAUCUCAGAGAAGGAUGAGACAGAAAAAAACUCUGGGAAGAAAAAAGUAACAGAGCAACAGCAAAAAUCUCUGCUUCAGAACACAAAAAAACAAAUGCCCAGUGAGGAAGGUGAGGAGCAGGAAGAUGAAGAGCUAGAGGACAGUGAAGAAGAUGGAGAUCCAGAGAGCUUUGCAGACAUGAUGAAGCAUGGACUCACAGAAAGUGAUGUUGGCAUAACUAAAUUUGUUAGCUCUCAUAAAGGGUUUUCUGGAAUCUUAAAAGAGAGAUACUCGGACUUCGUUGUUCAUGAAAUAGCAAAAGAUGGACACGUGAGCCAUUUAGAUGACUUUUCUGUGCCUGUGGAUAAUGAGGACCCAUCAGAAGAAACAUUUACAGUUUUGUCAGAUGAAGAUAAGAAGCGUUUAGAGGAGCUCCAGCUUUUUAAGAACAAGGAAACUAGUGUCGCAAUAGAGGUAAUUGAAGACAGCAAGGAAAAAAGAACUGUUAUCCACCAGGCUAUAAAGUCUUUGUUUCCUGGGUUGGAGACCAAAACAGAAGAUCGAGAUGGGAAAAAGUACAUUAUUGCUUAUCAUGCUGCUGGGAAAAAAGCACUGGCAAAUCCAAGAAAACACUCUUGGCCAAAAUCUAGGGGAAGCUACUGCCAUUUUGUGCUGUACAAGGAGAACAAGGAUACCAUGGAUGCCAUUAAUGUGCUAUCAAAAUUUUUGAGAGUGAAGCCAAACAUCUUUUCCUACAUGGGAACUAAAGAUAAAAGGGCUAUAACAGUUCAAGAGAUUGCUGUUCUUAGGAUCACUGCACAAAGACUUGCUCAUUUGAAUAAAUGCUUGAUGAAUUUUAAAUUAGGAAACUUCAGUUACAAGAACCACCCACUGAAAUUAGGAGAACUGCAAGGGAACCAUUUCACUGUUGUUCUCAGAAACAUAACAGGAACUGAUAACCAGAUAGAGGAAGCAAUGCAAUCUCUCAGGGAAAUUGGAUUCAUUAAUUACUAUGGAAUGCAAAGAUUUGGAACUACAGCCGUUCCCACAUAUCAGAUUGGCAGAGCUAUUCUGCAGAACAACUGGACUGAAGUAAUGGAUUUGAUAUUAAAACCACGACCAGGAGCUGAGAAAGGAUACUUAGUAAAAUGCAGAGAAGAAUGGGCAAAGACUAGGGAUCCAGCAGCAGCCCUCAAGAAACUGCCUGUAAAAAGGUGUGUGGAAGGACAGCUUCUCCGUGGCCUCUCAAAGUAUGGAAUGAAGAACAUAAUCUCUGCAUUUGGCAUAAUACCAAGAAAUAAUCGUUUAAUGUAUAUUCAUAGCUACCAGAGUUAUGUAUGGAACAAUAUGGUGAGCAAAAGAAUAGAAGACUAUGGUCUUAAAGCUGUACCAGGAGAUCUCAUACUUAAAGGAGCCACAGCAGUUCAUAUUGAAGAAGAUGAUGUUGAUAACUACACUAUCCAUGAUGUAGUGAUGCCGCUGCCUGGAUUUGAUGUAAUUUAUCCAAAGCAUAAAAUUGGUGAUGCCUACAAGGAAAUGCUAGUAGCCGACAAUCUUGAUAUCAACAAUAUGAGGCAUAAGAUUAGAGAUUAUUCACUUUCAGGAGCGUACAGAAAAAUCAUCAUUCGACCUCAGAAUGUCAACUGGGAGGUUGUUGCAUAUGAUGAUCCUAAAAUCCCACUAUUUAAUACGGAUUUGGAUAAGCUGGAAGGAAAACCAGUACCAGUUCUCCCUACAGAGGGCAAAUUCAGGGCGCUGAAGAUGGAGUUCUCCCUCCCGCCAUCCACGUAUGCUACGAUGGCCAUUCGAGAAGUGCUGAAAAUGGACACGAGCAUAAAAAAUCAGACACAGCUGAACACUACCUGGUUGCGCUGAAUGUACUGUAGAAGGAGUUAUCACCUAUAAAGAGUUUUACUACUUAAACGUUCUGGACAAAUCUUUAAAGAGCAGUAGCAGGAGAUCUGUAUUUUUUACAGUUUUUAUUAGUGCAAGAA